AUGGAGGCCAUUAAUUCUUUCCCUCUUGGAGCGAUUCAUCCUCACAGAUAUGUCAUGGCCCGCGACGACUUCUUUGUCGACUUUCAAGUCCGGACAAAACUUCACACCGAUACACACAGCCUUCAUGCUGUCCUUGACCUUGCUGUCGAAGCUAAAAUGGCCAAUAAUAUCCUGAGCCUGAGCAAGCCGCUUGAGAGAAUCAAAAUUGAAUUCCUAGAGUUCCAGGCAUUCAUCGAUUCAAUACUGCCCCCUCUUCCAUACUCCCAGAUUACUUGGAAGACUGUCUACAUUGCGCAAGGCAUUGUGGUCGAUGGUGAUGACAAUGGAGAUGAUGAUGAUGAUGAUGACGAGGACUACGAACUUGAGGAGGGCUAUUGGUCGCAAGGCUCAAGUGCCAGCAGCGUCAAUUCCGAAGGGCCAUACCAAGGCAACGGCUUUGGCAAGCUUGAAUCCCCAAUCCUUCUUCAGCCUGCUGAACUGCCGCUUCUCACAACCUACAAGAACGCCAAAGACACCAAGGAGAGGCUGUCAAUCUUCUCGAACGAGUUCUUCGAGGUUCGCAAGUCUCCUACGGCUGGCUGGGGCGCUUUCGCGAGUAAGAAGCUGUACAAGGGCGACCAGAUCCUCGUCGAAAAGGCCCUCUACCAUGCAAUUUACGCAGACGUGACCACGUCUGUAAGAUCCCUGCCGGAGAAGGAGCGCCUGAUCGCGAACAACAUGUUUGGCCACAAAGGCCGGGAUGGCGAGACUCACGAGGAAGCGGUCUGGAACACGAACGCCUUCGCGGCAUAUGUCCCAUCCAAGUCGGGUAAUAAGAGGAACAUGCCUGGUCUUUUCGCCGUCGCGGGCCGAUUCAAUCACUCAUGCUUGCCUAAGAUUGACUACAAGUACCGUGCCAGUCACGAGUCUCUUGUGUUCACUGUCAGGGACUGGGUGAUUGAAGAGGGCGAGGAGCUGACGAUCUCAUACGGUCAAGACCCUUCGGUGCUCUACUACAAGUACGGCUUCAUCUGCGAGUGUGGUCACUGCCGCAGAUUCGACCCGCGCAAGUCCGAGUGGUCUUGA